AUGGCUGCAACCACAUGUGAACUAACUUGGCUAAGAUAUCUGUUGCAAGAUCUACGUGUGAAUCAUUCUGAACCUGCAAAAUUAUUUUGCGAUAAUCAAGCCGCCUUGUAUAUUGCAGCAAAUCCAGUGUAUCAUGAACGAACUAAACAUAUUGAGCUUGAUUGUCAUACUGUUCGUGAAAGAAUAGAGAAAGGAGAGAUCAAGACAGGAUAUGUGCAAACAGGGGAACAAAUAGCAGAUAUAUUUACCAAGCCACUGAAGGCACCUGUCUUUAGUUCACUCCUUGGCAAGUUGAGCGAUUUAUUCACAGCCGGAACUGACACAAAUGCAAUUUCACUAGAGUGGGCAUUGGCAGAGCUCAUCAACCAUCCAAGAGUGCUCAAGAAAGCAAGGGAGGAGAUCGAUCGAGCCGUCGGAAAUCGAAGAGUAGCCGGAGAAUCGGAUGUUCCAAAUCUUCCAUACAUCCAAGCCAUCAUAAAAGAAACAUUUAGACUACACCCACCAGUGCCUUUGGUCACAAGAAACUCUGUACAACAAUGUAAGAUUGGGGGAUAUGACAGCCCUACAAACACAAUGCUAUAUGUGAAUGUUUGGGCCAUUGGAAGGGACCCAGAGAACUGGGAAAGCCCACUGGACUUCUGGCCUGAAAGAUUCUUGCAACUGAGUGACGAUCGUGGCCAGAUGAGUGCAGUGGAUGUUAGGGGCCAACAUUUUCAACUCAUGCCAUUUGGGUCUGGGAGGAGGGUGUGUCCUGGUGUAAACUUGACCAUGAAAAUGUUGCCUGGGGUACUUGCGGCUUUGAUUCAAUGCUUUGAUUGGAAGGUUGAUGGCUCUGAUUGCAAGAAGAUGAACGGUGAUGAUGUUCUUGAAAUGGAUGAACGCCCUGGAUUGACUGCUCCGAGGGCGCAUGAUCUUGUGUGUGUUCCUGUUGUCCGCUUCAGCCCACUCAACAUCCUUGACCCAUAA